AUACUGUAAAAUUUUUAAUACGCAAUUUUCGUCACCGUUCAAUGACGUUAUUUUACUUCUGAAAGUAGUUGUCGACAGUGCGCGGCACGCCUGAGACCAGGACCAGGACCAGGACCAGAAUGUUCGCCAGAACUUAUUCGGCGGUGUUCCUACCAAAAUGUGGCCAGGUCAGGGACAUGGCUACCAUGAAGGAAAUCACCCUUCGGCUGAAGUCCGUCAAGAGCAUCCAGAAAAUCACCAAAUCCAUGAAGAUGGUGGCGGCCGCCAAGUACGCCAGAGCUGAGAAGGCCCUGAAGCCCGCCCGCGUGUACGGCACCAGCGCUCUCGAGCUCUAUGAGAAGGUGGAGAUUAAGGCUCCUGAGGACAGGAACAAGCACGUGGUCAUCGGUGUGUCGUCGGACCGCGGCCUGUGUGGUGCCGUCCACGCCAACGUGGCCAAGGCCGUGAAGCGCGAGGUGGGCAGGCUGACUGGAGUCGGCAAGGAGGUGAUGCUGGUGAACGUGGGAGACAAGCUGAGAGGUCUGCUCUACAAGACCCACGGGAAGCACGUCCUGCUGAACUGCAAGGACGUGGGCCGCAAAACGGCCACCUUCUCCGACGCCGCCGCCAUCGCCACCGAGCUGCUCGACUCCGGCUACCAGUUUGACCAGGGCACCAUCUUCUUCAACAGAUUCAAGUCAGUGAUUUCAUACACGACGGUAGAGAAGCCGGUGUUCUCCAUGGACACUGUGGCAAGUUCAGAGGCCAUUGGCGUGUAUGAUGACAUCGAUGCGGACGUGCUGAGGAACUACCAGGAGUUCGCGCUGGUCAACACCAUCUUCCUGGCCCUGAAGGAGUCGGCUGCCAGCGAGCACAGCGCCAGGAUGACCUCCAUGGACAGCGCCAGCAACAACGCCACGGAGAUGAUUGAGAAGCUGACCCUGAAGCUGAACCGAACCCGCCAGGCGGCCAUCACCAAGGAGCUGAUAGAGAUCAUCUCUGGCGCUGCCGUGCUAUAAACGUGGAGAAGCGCUUCCAGCCGCCAUUUUGUGCAGUGGGGGGUGCAGGUGCAGAAGAUGUACUGCCCAUCUGUCAACAGUUUACUGACUCGCCUACUUUUUUUUGAAGCACCUUAAAAGGAAAAUUAAACCUUUUUUUAAAGUUG